UUUCUGCUAUUUCCGUAUUCUCUAUUGUCCCUCUUUCUCUCAUUUUCACUUCACUGGUUCAUCGAAAUCGAUUAAUCCGAUUAACUGAUUCACUGGCAAAGAGACUCUGCCUAAGAUGACUGAGGCGGUGAUUAGGAAGAAGCCAGGGAUGGCGAGCGUGAGGGAUAUGCCGAUCCUUCAAGACGGCCCUCCUCCUGGUGGAUUCCCGCCGGUCCGGUAUGCUCGGAGGAUCCCUACCAAAGGGCCCAGCGCCAUGGCCAUCUUCCUUACUGCUUUUGGCGUUUUCUCUUAUGGCAUGUAUCAAGUGGGUCAGGGCAAUAAGAUCCGCAGGGCGCUCAAGGAAGAGAAAUACGCUGCUCGCCGAGCAAUAUUACCUGUACUUCAAGCUGAAGAAGAUGAAAGAUUUGUCAAGGAAUGGAAAAAGUAUCUUGAGUACGAGGCAGAAGUAAUGAAGGACGUGCCUGGUUGGAAGGUUGGUGAGAAUGUCUACAAUUCUGGAAAAUGGAUGCCCCCAGCAACUGGUGAGCUGCGCCCAGAAGUUUGGUGACACUAUGUUCACAGAGUGCACAUUAGAUAUGCUUCUCCUCAUCCAAGUUUCUUUUGUUACUUGGCGUUUCCUUACGAAAUAAAGAUUUAGCUGAUAAACUUCUUAAAAGUGUCGAAAAUACGACUUCCAGAAAUUGUUGUAUUUUCUCUCAUGUUCAUCUUUUCCUGCUAUCGAAAAAAAUUUAGAGUAAUGAUUUCAUUUUAGUUUGGACUUUUUGGCCGUACAUGCGUCUCAGCUGUUGCUACAUUGACUAAGCUUCCCUUGCCUAUUUGGUGAUAGUUGUUUGAUACAUGCUGCUCCAUGGCUUUUGAAGUUCAGUUAAUAUUUUUGUGUUUUUCUUUUCCGGAUCAAGGGCGUUGAUCUGGCUUUAUAUUUGUGAUUUGAUCAUGUC